ACAGGAAACGCUAUUGAUCGCCGUAUUAUUUAACUCAUGUUUUUUUGGUAUUGCUCGGCCGAGUUGUAAUCUUAAAUGGCUUCCAGUGUUUCUGAAAAUGAGAUGUCUCGCCGUUUGAGACGAUCGACAAGGCAGUCCUCCGGUAAAGUGCUGAGUGUUGAGCCGACCCCUAGGGGUCCGCUCAAGAGGACUAAGAGGAGAAAUUCAGAAAACCAGGCUCCUGUUGCAGCUGUUAAUGGUUCCAGAGAUGUGGAGAAUGGCACGGAAGAUGAAGAGUCCCCCAGCAAAAAGAGCCGUCUUGAGGCUGGACGGGCAGUUGACGGCGGUGGUGAUGAAAAUGAGAUGGAUGUCCAGGAGUCAGCUGGAGAUAUGGAGAACAAUCAAAACCAGGAAAUUGAUAUGGAGGGAAGGGACUCCUCUCAUGACACUCAUCUACCCAAAAUAUACCAAGGAGCAAUUGGAGAUGUGAAUUUAUACCCUCGUGUUGUACUCGGCGAACGCUGCCGAUCCGGUCAUGAUGUACACGAAGAUGCAGACUGGUUGAAAACCAAGAGAGCAAAACCACCAACCAAAGGACCAGCAGCCCCCACCAAGUCUGCUGUGCAGACCAAAUCACUGGCGAACAGACAUGAUGUGCCGAUCUUUAAAACCACCACUAUGGCUGAAUACAAGAGGACGAUGGAGGCUAAAGCCAAGAGUGCUGCCAUACCCAGAGGUAAUCACCUUACCCCAAGCUUGUAUACAUCCUCAGAGAAGUCCUACCCACUACGACAACGUUUGAAUAACAUUCCAGUUUCAAAAGAAACUGUUCAGCACAAGAAACAAGAAGGGAAAAAAAAGAAAACUGCUGUCAUCAGGACAAACUCUGGAUAUUCAUGUAGAGGAUUCAUGAGGUAUUUAUGCUGUUUGGUUCUCCUGGUGCUGCUCAGCUCUGCCGCCUUGCUGGCAUACAAGAAAGUCCCUGUGCUCCGAAGGACAGCAGAGCGUGGAGGGCAUUCAUACAGGGCUGUGAAGCCAGAAAUGUUUGCAGACCAGUUGUCUCUUCUUAAGGCUCAGUUCCCCAAUCAGCACCUGGAGUUGUGGAAGAGGAGCAAGAUGCACCUGGAGAAGCAUCUCCAAACCGCUCAGCCCACAGAGCCGGUGAGUCUGAUCUUCACCGCUGGCCGCAAGGCUGAGAGGACACUGCGCUGCCUGGCUCAGGGCCUGGCCUCCUCUUUCUCUUCUGCCCUCAAUGCAUCCGUCCUUCAUAUUGAUGGAGCCAGCAAAGCCAACCAGGACAGCGAUGAAGUGAAGUUGGAUAUUGACAGCCAGCUGAAGGCAGCCUUUGAAGGCGAUAAACCCGUGGCAGUCAUUCAUCGCCUCGAAGAGCUGCCUCCGGGCUCUACCCUCAUUUUCUAUCGCUACUGUGACCACGAGAGCGCUGCGUACAAGCAGGUGUUCUUGUUGUUUACUGUGCUACUGCCUCAAGAUGAGGUCAGCAAUGAGCAGCCUCUGAAGGACGUGGAGGAGAUGGUGCACGACUAUGUUAAGGAGAGGUUGGUGGGCUCCAGCAGCCAAACUGCCUUCAAUGAGAUGGACACUGAUAAGUAUGGAGGACUGUGGAGCCGCAUCUCCCACCUCAUCUUGCCUGUGGUGUCUGAGGAGGAAGUAGAGCAGAAAGGAUGCUGAUCAACCAAGCUGGCAUCUGAGAAGACGCCAGGAUACCACUUUGGACCAGCCUGAUCCUUCUUAUAUAAAUAUAAUGUAUGCUGUGAUAUUUCACAUAAAGACUUGAUUUAAAAUGUUUGAAGGUUGUAUUGAUCUGUCUCUUUCAGACUGAGUUCAACUGUCUGGUUUAAGUGUUUACAAAAUGUUUAACACAGAUUUUAAGUGUGUGUACAUGUACUUCCUUUGCAUAAGGACAUAACAACAGUGUCGCACCAUCAUUCCACUUCCAAAGAAGGGUAGUCAAUGUAUAUUCUCUUGCAGAUUUAACAUGCAACAUAUACAGGAUAGAGAGCACUUUGUUCAACUGCUUUUUAAGGGACAUUUCCAGUCUAAGAAGACUUUCUGGCAGAUGAUCGGCAUGGACCCUCUUUGGAAAAUGUUUCAUUUUCUGUGGACAUUCAUAUUUCUUGCUCCGUAUCAAAUCUCAGACACAGCUGAUGACUUACUUUUUAUUUCUGCUUAACAUCCCCAUGGAGAUGUUGUGCACAUAUUUGGAUUGGUAUUGCACUAAAAUGUUUUUUUUUUUUUUUAAUAGCCAUCUUACAAGAGUACUGGCUUUUAAUAAGAAAAAUAUUUUAUAUUCCUUGUUUUUACUGAAUAUGUAUAUUUGAGAUUUGUUGACUUUUUCCUAGAGCAGAAUAUUUUUUGACAGCUGUGUGAGUAUAUAUAUAUAUAUAUAAAUAUAUGUAUAUUGGUUAAAAAAGGUUUGUUUUUUUCACCACUGAAAUAUACUUGUAAUGUUGUCAACUUAAAAACACACAGUUUCUCAUUAAAUAAUUUGAAUAUUUUGACUAAAUGUUAUCCCAAAAUGUGCCUUGAACACAGAUUAGGCUGUUUGAAAAAUACCAAAACACUCAUCAGUCAUUUGAUACUGUAUCUCGUCAACAACAUCAGUGCUACACAUUUUCUUGCUGAUUUUCCUAAGUUGUGCUAUUUUGAAUAUCUCAUAGUGUUUGUUCUUGAUAUCAUUCAUUCCUCUUAUGUUGUUGUCGCUCAUAUGAAAAUCUGGAUUUUUUCAAUAAAGAUUAUUUUGAUACCUACAAGA